AUGUCACCUCUUAAUAUUUAUUAUAUGGACGUACACAAAUAGUAACAUCCACUCAGCAAAAAUUGCAUUAAAAUUGUACUAGUAGGCGAUUCAGAAGUCGGAAAAUCUGCCUUGAUAAAUCGUUUUUGCCUAGGCAGGUAUUUAGACAUCUAUGUACCAACAAUUGGCAUCGAAAAGGUAUUUUUCUAAAAAGAAUUAUAUUUCAGCCCACCAAGACACUAGAAGAUGCACGCUAGAGCUGUGGGCAUCUUCUGGGAAUGAGAGAUACAAAGUGAUUUAUUCUCACUUCUAUAAGGAUGCAAAAGGCAUCAUAAUUGUAUAUGAUAUUACCAAGAGAGAAUCAUUUUUACAUAUAAAAAAAUGAAUUGGAGAUAUACAACUUUAUGCUGAGCCGAGCUCUAUAGUAUUUUUAAUUGGAAGUAAAAGUGACUUAGAAGGACGGAGAGCGGUGGCUUAUGAAGAAGGGAAAAGUCUUGCUGAUAGUCUAGGAUAUCCGUUUCUUGAGGUUUCUGCAAGAUCAUCAAUGAAUCUGGAGAACUCCUUUUUGACUAUUACAAGAAUUAUAAAUUGCAACCAAAGGCUUUCAAUGUCAUUUUAA